AUGGCUGCUGUACUAGCUCUCUUCCUUGAGCUAGGCGUCGCCUGCCAUGGAUUCAUGGAGAGCUCCUACCAAAUAAAGGCGGCGUUUCCCUUCUCCCCUCGCUGCGUCGGCAAUCGAAGUCGGCGCCUCAGCAGCGGCCAGCAGUGGAGCAGAGGCUAUUCAACAUCCCAACCAGCAAAGCCUCCACCGCUCGAGCACAUGCCCAACCGCCUACAUCUGCCUAGCGUGGCCUUCGUCGUCACAGAUGACGGUGUAGGCGGCGACCUUGUUGGUCGUUGCGUCGGCGAGAUCCACGGCAACGGCGAACUGCUUCGCGUCCUCCACACCCGCGGUAGCUGCGGUCUCUCCCUUGCCGGUGGUGGACACGAGUUCCACCAUGUUGGCGAUGGUGAAGGAGCGCCUAUCCCCUGCGGUCUCGACGACUUCGCGGCAUCCGCAGCCGCGAUGUUCGAUGCGGCCCAGUGUGGUGGGGCCCUGCACCUGCACUCUGGAUGGAAACAUGGAAGUGGCGAAGCUUCGUCUGGUGUUCGGGUUGACCGCCGAUUCUUGGUCCUCAGAUUUAAUAUCAGGAGAAGCGGCGCUAGCCCGGUGAAGCUCAAACAAGAUUUACGGCUUAAGAUCUCAAAUCCUCGUAGACACAGGCUAAUUAGACAGUCAAGGAGAGUGCACCAAUGA